AAGGUAACUCAGGUAAUCGUUCUUUAUUUAAGUAUUAUUUUACACAAUUUACGCACCCAGGUAUGCAUGUGACUUCAUUUUAAUAUAAAUAACCUUUAAAAAGACAAGUAAUCAUGCACGUCUUCCGUUUUCUGUGUCUUCUUUUUUCGCAAUUAUUGUGUUGUUCAAGUUCCAGUAAUCAAUUUGAGACAGUCGAAUCGUGUCCAGAAAGCUCCGAACAAUGGAUAAAUCGCGAGCAGAGGAAGAACUGUCGGCAAUUUCAAGCGACGCCAGAUUUCAUGUGUGCCGCCAUUGAGGGACAACCCGGAAUUUUUGGAGAAAUAUGUACUGUUGUAGGAUUAUCAACUGCAGGUAAAUGUGCGGUGUUAGAUGCUGAUACAUAUAAUUUAAACUUCAUCUCAUGCUAUGCGUCUCCCGGCUGCCCAACAACAGCAUACAGAGCAUCAGACAUUUAUAAAUAUCAGGCAUGCUUCGGAAACUUUUACAGGGUUCAAUCGACGACUCCUUAUAAGGCAUUAAGCACUUUGCAUGCAAAUAGAAACAGUACUAUAGAUGAUUCUACAUCCAACGAACAGAAUGCAGUCACAGUUGUUAUUGUGACAUUACUUGUAUAUGUGUUAAUACUUUUAAUUCUCAUUUUAUUCUGGGUUCAAAAGAAGAGAAGAAAGACAGAACAUUCAAAGUCCUCUGAAAAACUAUCAUUCCUGGAUCCGAAAAAAGAUGCAGAUAAAGACCCAGCAGAGGCACUUAAAUGUAUGACUUCAUUGGCGAACUAUCUACGAUGUCGUCUUGUCGCUUUAUGCGAUGAAACAAGCCUCAGAAAUAAACUGCUACUUCAUUCUGAGUCCAUAAAACAAAACUUUGAAGAAAACACGGUAAAUAAAUUGAUGAAAUCAACUUUAAGUGAGCUUUCAAAGUCUAGUCUGAAUAUAAUUUAUAUGGUGCUGACGAAUUUUUGCGACAUUCCGACUCCUGGUCGUGGCUGGGACUACAAGCCAGAUGACGAUGAUGAGUCUCUAGGAGCUGAUAUUGAAAGAAUUAGAAGCUUUAUUAAUGAAUACGUGGAUACCAAAAGGUGCUAUCCAAAGGAGAUGAAAAUGCUGAAAGAAAGAUUGCUUUCGCAAUACGAGGAAAUUGAAUUUGAAAUGGACCUUGAUUUUAGCCGUGAGCAAAAAAUCAAUUAUGUUAAAAUCAAACCCGAUUGCGUAGAAGAUGACGGUACUGUCGUAACCAAAACUAUUGUAGAGAUUUUAAAACAUCUCGAAACAAAAGGAAUCGCAAUCUGUGUAGGAUCUAUUGGGUGUGGAAAGACAACCGCUUUGGAAUAUGUAUCUAAAAAGUACAGAAAAGAAGGAUGGCAGAUUGAAUGUUGUGACAAUUUCAAUUUUGUAGAAAAAUCACGUGUUGAUGCUGUGCUUACAGCAAGGAAAACAGUUCUAUUUUGCGAUAAUUUAUUCGGAACUUUCGGAUGCCAGGUGUUUUCCAAACAAGUAUUCAGAGAUUUUGAAUAUGUUAUUCGUACAUUGUUAAAUCAAGAUAAAAAUAAACUUAAAAUACUUCUUGGUAUCCAUGUUCAUGUUCUGGAUGAAAUUAAAAGCAUCGGGUGUGGCAGUGCCUUCCAAGAUAAAAGUAGGAUUAUAGAAUUAGACAAUCUUUCAAAAUCGGAAAUACUUCACAUCUAUCAAUUACAGCAAGAGAGGAGUCAUCGUAACCAAAAACGUACGACAUACAAGGACGUGCUGGAUAUUCUUGAAUAUAGUUCCGAUUCUAUUGGAAAACCUUUUCAGACGUUAAUGAUUACAACACUACCAAGUGAGAUGGAACGCAAAGCAAUUUGCAAUCAACCAUUAGAACAACUAAUUGAUCACUUUAAAAAGUUGUUUUAUAGGGAUUCGGAUGCUUUUUUCUCGCUCGUGUUCAUCAUGUGUGUAAUGGUUUAUAACAAAAACAAAGACAUUGAUGACUCGGUGGCUGGUGCAAUUAGAGCUUAUCUUGACAAAAAUACUAUUGACAGUUAUCUGAAAGAACUAACUCCAUUUACACUCGAAGAUGAGUACACAGUAGAGUUGAAGCACGAACUGAUUGGCAUUGCUUUAUUCCAUGUAUUCUUUGAGAUCUCCAAAGGUCCAUGGUCAGUCUUUGCAGCAUGUGAUAUCAAAAUGGCGCUAGAACUUACAAGACCAGCUAUGAGAGAAGAAUUCCUACAACACAGCUUUGCUGUGCGUUUAUCAGAAGAAUUACGUGCAUCUAAUUCAGUGGCUUCAAUACUCAGAAAGAAAAUUUUGGAAUCUAAAAUCGAUUAUGAAGAUCACCCUUUACUACGAUUUAUCCCAAGUUGAAACCACAAGCAUGAAGUUUAUUCUAUGGAUGAAGAAACAAUGGUGGAAUCAUCAUUGAAGUCUGCGGUUUAAUACAUGUAUUUGGCAACUGGUGACUUUGUCUAAAACAUUCAUAAAUACAAGACGUAAAGCACCCGAUUCCCUUAUUCAGAAAAUCAGGAUUAAAGUUGAAAAUGUCCUCCAUGGUACCUGAUCCAAAUCUGAUGUUUUUGAUGUCCAUGUUUGCCCUGCUCCUAUUUUGUAUUGUUUUGUGGACUUUGAUUUUGUAUACUGUUCCUUAUCUCCAUAUUCUUCAUUGCAAAAAUAUCUGAAUUUGAAAAAUGUUUUUCUCGCAGUAUUUCUCCGUUUGAAAUUAAUUUAUUGAUUGUAUGUUGUUUAUCGUCCCUCUCGAGAAUUUUCACUCAAAUGGAGACGCCAAUUGCCAGUGGAGAGCCACUAAUGAUUUCAAUGAUCGGUGUUGCCAUGAUAACUAGAAAUAGAUAUGUCUUUGAAAUACUUUCAAAACACCAAUUCUCCUACAGUUUUGCUCUGAUUUUAAUAUAACUUGGCAAACAAGUAGAGUAUAUUAAGAUACUUAAUUUGGAGCAUUUUUGGUCUUCGCGUUUUGAUUAUCAGUUUUAUUUCUAAAAAAAAUUGUAAAUCUUUGUGUAAAACAAGGGAUUUUACAGUGUAAUUAAAAUCCGACAAACGUGUCUUUCUAUGUAGGAUUAUUUAUUUGUGUUAAUUAAUGUGAGAAUCGUCAUUAUAAAAAUUACUCUGAUGUGUAAGAGCUCUUCAAAAAUGAACAUUGUAAUUUUAUCUGUAUAGGCUAAAUAUUUAAACAGACCAAAAUUCCAGAUUGAAAUUAAGUAUAUUUUAAAUCCAAAGUUUUAUAGCUGUAGCUCGAGUUCCCGGUAAAACACAACAUUUAUGUUCGUUCUCUAUGGAAAAAAAUAUAGACCUAGAAAUUGCAAAUUAACCCAACGAUCAAUAGACUGUGUUUAUUAUAAUAUCGCUUCUCAUACUGACAUCUAAAUAUUUUUCUACAUGAAAAAUAUAGACUAAGACAUAGCAAAUUAAAACAAGUGAUUUUUUGGUGUUAUCUCGCUUCUCAUAUUCCCUUUGCGUUUUACUUGGACUUCA